GGCGAGGGAUGUUCGCCAAGUGACACGUUCUCAGUCGCUACAUGUACAGCGGAGCCGGGACCGACGCCCCGAACCCAACCUAGAGAGUUUAUUAAUCAAAAGACAAAACUCCAAACCAGCUCAGUUUGAGCUCUGCUACAAAUCGGACACUGGUUUUCCUCUUCCGCUUGCUUUAAUGUUCGGAAAGUCCCGGGGCAUUUUCUGAAACCACAGAGAUCAUAUCCGCCCAACUUUGUAGUCUGUGCAAAUGUGUUCACGUGAUGAAAAGUUACUCUUUAAAACAGCAUGGAAGUUUUGUAUCCAAAUUAUAAAUAAUAGGCAGUGUUUUGGAAAGUAGUGUUCUGAAAGUGAUUGGCUGACUAACUGGCGUUGGAAGGUCGGUGAUAGGACGGGAGUUGUUGGAAGAAACCGUCUAGAAUGGAAGGUAAGACUAUUCUACUGCCCCAUUCCACACACAGCCUUGAACUGCAGCCGAGGCUUGACAAGGAUCCUAAGAUACACCAGGGGGACGCAAGCAAAGAUAUCACGACAGCUGAAGUCGUUUUUGGAGCUAGUGUCUCAAGACCAAAAAACGAACCACUUCAGUUGCUGCAAAAUAUGAGUGACUUUGGAGCCGAGGAGAAUGUGACAUUUAUCACAGAAAGUAUGAGUGUAACUACAGCCGAUGAGGAGAAACUGCUGCUGCUGAACAGAAACACUGAACUGAGACGCCUGAACAAAGAGCUGAUGAAACUCAACCAAGACUGGGACCAGAUCUAUCGUGCAACCACAACAGGGCUUCAGCAAAGAGUGGCAGCCCUCCAAAUGGAGAUUUCCGACACUAAUCAGCAUGCCAAUGCACUUUCCAAGAAACUGGACAAUGAGCAGGAAGAUGAACCAUGGAGACCAAUUCCACACAAUGAGAAAUCAAAUUACACCUAUCCCCAGUCACGGUCAGAACAUAAAGACAUAACACCCUCUUCCCCAAAACGUGUUCAAAUCUCGGAGAAACCAAGGGACCACAGUCAGUGCAGACUGAUUAAGGCAGAAGCAGCCCGACAUCCAACCAAAAAUGGAGUCUCUGAAAAAGAGUGCAAAGAGCUUCAGGACCAAAUGCUUGCUCUCGUGUGUCAGAGACUCCAUUUUUGGUUGGAUGUCGGGCUGCUUCUGCCUUAA